UUUCAUUUUUGAUUAAAAUUUCAGAAAAUCAUCUAAUUAUUUAGUUUUAUAGUAUUAAAUCCAAGCAUGGACAAGCAAGAUGAAAACCAUGAUGAAUCCCAACCAGAGACAGACGGAAGAAUGUGUGUGCUUCAUCCUUCCGCUCCGAAGUUGGAAGAAAAAGUAAAAUGGGAUAAAGAAGAUCCAUUGUGUGCCAUGGUGACAUGGGAAGGAACUCCAUCUGAAAACGAAGAGGUGUAUAAGUUAUAUUGCUGGACGGAUGAAACCGAUAAACGAGAAUUUGAAACACAUGGAAGACAAUAUUCACUGACCAAAUUGAAGAAAGGUUCCAUGUAUUUUGUCAAUGCAAUUCAAAUUAAUAAAGCAGGUUGCUCGGUUCCUUCCAAUAUCAUCAAAUUUGAAACUGGACCAAAGAUGCCUGUUAAUAUUCAGGUCAUGAAUUAUGAACCAUCACCUCAUGACCAUCUUAUGGUUCAGUUCGAUAAUGCAAAUACAAGACAAGUAGACCACCUGGUAUCAGUUCAGCCUAUCAGUGGUGGUGAGAUAAAACUCAUCCAAACAAAAAGAGGACAACAUUUUGCACUGAUUGAAGGACUAACACCUGGACAAUAUUAUAGCAUUCAAGUGGCAGCAGUAGUUGGUGAUCUCAAAAGCGAUUUUGCAAAUUUCCCCAGAAUGAUUCAGACAUAUCCUGGAGUUCCUGUAGAUGUAAGAAGAGAAGAAUUUCAUGAUGGGAUGAAACUUUCAUGGGAGCACAACACAAUCAGACCAAAGAAUUACAGAAUAUUUUGGGCAGCAAACGGGGACAUGCAGGAAGUGAUUGAAACUAGAGAGGACUAUUUCUACUUCAACAAAUUGAAAAGAUCUACGAUUUACAAGUUCAGAGUGGCAGCUUCAAACGCUGCUGGGGAAAGUGAGAAAAGUGCAGAAAUUGAAUACAUUACAGUUCCAUCUGCUCCUAUCAACAUCAAGGUCACACCAAACCCUCUGUCUAAAUCAAGGAGUUUUAUUGUGAAGUAUGAUGAUCCUGAUACGGUGCUUAAAAAGAAAUAUCGGAUUGUGGCAAAGGACAUAAAAGGGAAAGAAGCAGCAACAAUAGAGACCGAAACUCACACUGCAGUACUGAGUGAGCUUCAACCAGGGCAAUCUUACUACAUUUAUGUAGUUGCUAUUUAUGGAACUCUCGAAAGUCAAAAAGCUCACUUCAUCAAAAACGAAAAAUGACUUUUCUUCACCUAAACAGUUUAUAAUGCAUGUAUGCCAUCAUUGUGAUAAUCCCUUUUUUAACUUCCCUAUUAAUUAUAUGUAAUAAUUUCUUGAUAUACCAACCAUAAUGCGGAUCUGGAAUAAUCAUGUCCUGGAGGAAAAAUUCAAUUGGUCACCGUGUUUAAAAUGUUGUUGUGGAAAAUCAAAUGCUAACCCCUGGUCACACCUAUAAAGAAAUACAAAAAUUGGAUUAUCUUUGUUGCCUCACCAACAACUUUUCAACCAUUUAAAAAUUAAUUUGUAUAUCAUAGAAAAAAAUACAUAGCUUUAUGUAUUUCAAUCAUAUCUUUUGUCAAUGUUCCUUGUGAGUUCUAAAUAAAACCACUAUUUCAGAAGACCAGUUUAAAGCUAUUCUUAUAUAAAAGUACGCCAAUUCAAAAAUCAGACUAUAAAAAGUUAUUAUUAUUCAAAUUAUCUACAAUAAUAAUCGGACAAAACAAUAUGACUAAAUAUAGGUAAUGCAUGGAAAUUAUUGAUUUUUAAUUGCACCUUUUUGGUAAAAUGGGAGUAAAUUUAGUGGUAUUUGCACAAUUUUAAUAAAACAACUGAGGGAUUUUAUUUGCAUAUUUCUAGUUCUUGUAUAAAAAGCGCUUAUAUUUAGAUUUGUGAUAAUAGUUUGUGUGGAACUGUGCAAUGUGAAUAGCUAUUGAUUAUAUUUUAUUCACGGUAUCUAUUCCGUGUGAAUUAAAAUGAAUUAUAAGCAAUACCAAAGCUUGAAUUUUAACAAAACAUUUACAGAACACAAGCAUAAAAAGUAGGGUAUGAGAAAUUCUCAAAAAUUCAUUUGUGACAAUUUAUUACCAGUAUUUUUGUUUAUUUUCCAGAUUAUAUGUAUGUCUUUGAUAAAUAUUAUACAAAAUUAAUUUGUUUGCCAUU